AUGGCGGCUACCGGUGAAGAGAACGUUGCAAGUGCAGUAGAUGAUCCGAAUUCAAACACGAUAACGGAAAAUCCUGCCCCGGAAGAUAUACAAAAAUCAUGUCUAAAGUGGAAUUACAUAUUUAUAACAUCAUGUGUGUUUGCCGUUUUACUGGAUCCUUUGUUCCUCUACAUUCCUAUCCUCAACGACGAUAUCAAGUGUCUGAAGUUGGACAACAACUUAAAGAUUACAGCUCUCAUCUUACGAUCAGUCACAGAUCUAUUUUAUAUAGCCAAUAUUAUUUUUCAAGUUUGUAGAUUUGAAAAUUGUUCACCUUCGAUCAAGCGAUUUCUUCCUGAAAGUUGCUCCUCCAAGUUAAUAACAUCACUCAUCAAAAGCUUUCGUGAGUUAUUACCUGAAGUAAGCAACGAAGUUCCAAAACCAAGUAUAACUAAAGAGAUAUGGAAGUCGUCCAUCAUAGUUGACAUUUUAGCUAUUCUUCCUCUUCCACAGGUAGUAAUUCUCAUUUUCUUUUCAAAAAUGAGGGCCUCAAGAUCUUUCAAGAAGGUCAUGAACUUUCUUGUUAUGGUGCAAUAUGUACCACGAGUUCUUCGCAUCUACCUAUCAUGCAAGAAAUCUAAAAAACCUUUCAAAGGACAGAUUGCAUUAUGGGUCAAAGGUGUACUCAAUUUUUUUUUGUACAUCCUUGCUAGUCAUGUACUUGGGGCUUUUUGGUACUUUUUUGCUAUUCAAAGAAUGACAAGUUGCUGGCAACAUGCAUGUCGAUACGAAAAUGGAUGUGACCCUACUUCUUUUGACUGUAAUGAUCACCAUACGUCGAGAAAUAUUACGGUUCUAAAUGAUUUAUGUCCGAUUAAUCCAUCAAAUACAGAUCUAUUUGAUUUUGGUAUAUAUCUAAAUGUUCUUCAAUCGGGUAUAUUGUGGUCAACAAACUAUCCCCUGAAGUUUUUGAAUAGUUUUAGUUGGGGCCUGCGGAAUUUGAGUUCUCUUGCUUCAAAUCUCCAGCCGAGUACCAAUACAUGGGAAAUCCUCUUUGUGACUUUUAUAUCUGUAAUCGGCUUGCUACUAUUCGUAAUUCUCAUUGGGAAUUUGCAGACCUAUGUGCUGUUAGAUACUGAAAGAUUAGAGUCGCACAGACGCAAGAUGAAACUUGAACAGAAGUUGACAGAAAAAGUAGGCCCAGAUGUAGAAAAAUGGUUAUCUGAAAAUGGCAUCCCCCUGCGUAAAAAGUCGGAGGUCAUGGCAAGGGCACGACAAGAGCUUGAAGAAAACUCCGCUAUUGAUGUGCCAUUACUUCGAAAGAUGAACGAACAAGUUUUGAUAGAAAUCGCCAAGCAUCUUAAUCCCAUGAAGUUUACUAAUGAAACCAUUAUUGGAGAGGGUGAACCACUUGAAAUGAUGCUUUUCAUCGUGGACGGACGCGUAACCAUUAAAAAGAAAGAAUGUUCUACUGAGUUGCGAAGACAUGCGGGAGAUGUAUACGGAGAGAAACUCCUAGUUUGGCCCUCAUGGACGUCCUUCCAUGAGGGGACAAGACCCAUAGCAACCGAGUCUGUUUGGGCCAGUUAUGUUGAAGCCCUUGUUCUCUCGGCCAGCGACAUGGCCAGUAUAGGCACUAGAUUCAGGUCAGAGUUCGACAAGUUGGAGAUGAGUCAUCUAACGGAUUCUGAGUGGGAGCUUUUGACGUGUGACAAGGUGGCUAUGCUACAACAAGUGCCAAAGCUUCAAACUAUGAAUAAACAAGUAUUGAAAGAAAUGUCUGCGCUUCUUCUACCUGAUCUCUAUCGACGUGAUGUCGAUAUUAUUCAAGAGAACCGACCGCUUAGUAUGAUGUUCUUUGUCACGAGGGGAGAGGUGAUAAAAAAUAAUAAGAAUGAUCGUGCAGGAAAUUUUUUCGGAGAAGAACUUGUUGAGUGGGCACUGGAUAAGUGUUUUCCUGAGAUGCUACCCUUGUCCACCUGUACGGCUACAGUAGUCUCAAACGAUGCUGAAAUCCUCUAUCUUAAACCAGAAGUCUUGAAGAAUUUUGCCUCUAACGAUAACUUCGUGCCACACUUCAGCAAGAUCGCCUCUGAGUUAGAUCUUUUGACUUCUGUCCGGUUGACUAGGCUAAAGAAAGUGAAAAAUUUUCAAAAAAUGGACAAACAAGUGUUGGAAGCAAUCUCCAAGCUUCUUAAGCCCAGGGCCUACAGUACUGUCAACACCUAUAUUAUUCGAGAGAAGGAACCACUUGAAAUGAUGUUCUUUGUGGUGCGGGGAGUUGUAUCCAUCGAAAGCGAUAGCAUCAUCGAAGGGUCAGAAACCCGUGAAAUGGGAGGUUUCUAUGGAGAAGAACUGGUACAUUGGGUUACAACUUGGGCAUCACAUAGCUCCUUUCCUGCCAAACUACCUUUGGCAACUGGUUCUGCGUUACGCGGCUCCCGUCCUGUUAAAAUCCUUGCUCUCACAGCCGACGACUUGAAGAGUGUAGUCUCUGAUUUCAAGUCCAAGUUGUUCACAAGGGAGACUCAGAUCACCCUCCCUCCAUCGGAGCCUUUGACUCGGGAUCUGUUGACUAUGCUAAAGAAUGUGGAAAGGCUUAAGCAUAUGGAUGAGCAAGUGUUGAAAGAAAUAAGUGAGCAUCUUAUGGCAGAAAAGGAUCAAGAUGAGCUUAAGCAUAUGGAUGAGCAAGUGUUGAAAGAAAUAAGUGAGCAUCUUAGGGCAGAAAAGUAUCAAGAUGAGUACAUUAUUGGAUUGAAUGAGUUAGUGGAAAAGAUGUUCUUCAUCGUGAGGGGAGUUGUGGCGGUGACAAACGAGUACUGGACAGAAUACCGCAAUGAAGUAGAACAUUCAAAUCACAGUGGAGAUGACCUUAUAGAUUAUUGGGUGCGAUCUAAAGAUACCGCUUUUCCUAAGGAGUUGCCCAUCUCUGCUUUAAGUUUUCGGGCCAUCGGUGAAGUUGAAGUUCUGGUUCUUAUGGCCAAGGACUUGGCAAGCGUUCAGCCUCGUCGAAUUCGUAGUAAAACCUUUCUCCUAAGAAACCGAAGUCUGCAAGUCGCAUUGAAUUAA